CCUGGCGCUGAACAAAAGAAGCCAAGGCUCUUGAGCGGCAGCAAGAGUGCGGAGGUGGAGAAGACAGAAAACAACAAGAGUCGGACAGUGAAGAAGAAAUACAUCCACGGCGAUACAGACGUAGUCGAGUUGGAAAUCCACGGUGACGAGAACGCUCCUUCUCGAGAACGGUCUCCUUCUUGGGACACUUGUCUGCCCCUGAGAAUAGACAACUGCGAUUCCCAUGCCUUGAACAUGCUGGCCGAUCUGGCCCUCAGCUCCCGUGACUCUCUGCUCCUCCCUAACGCCGACAGAUCCGGGUUGUCUCACAGCCCAUCGCGAGAGCGGCGGCACCUGCAGAGAGAGAAGCUUUUGCAAAAGGCUUCUGAUCACGAGUAUCACAGGAUCAACGCAAAAUUGAAAGGCACUUCCCUUCCCGGCAGGAGUCCUCAGUGGUCCCAUUCAUCCCCCGCACAACCCGAUCCAAGCCUGGAUCCCCCUUCUAGCCCUCGAGAGAGGGGCCAUGUAAGUUCUGGCAAGAAAAAGAGUGCAAGACCCCAUCCACCCAAGCCCCUUGCAGCACUUCCAACAGAAAUUGGAGAUGUUUUGGACCCGAGUGUGCCCUUUUUGAUCUCCACUGAGCACUCCUAUGCCUCUCCGGCCCUGGAGCCUGUGCAAAAGCAGCUCCCUUGGAGAGGGUCACCGAGUCCCCCCAGCUCCAAGAAUGGGGUGAAAAGUGCGAAGUCGGGACCCCUCGUCGGGAAAGUCCUGCCUUUCCGGCACCAGCAGAACAUUUGUCACCCACACAAGCAAUUUCGGAGCUACUUACCGUUCUCGCGCUCUGCUGUCAUGGCUGCCAGGCCAAAGGACGACUUCGGCAAGUCUCGCAAAGUGACCUUUUGCGACCAGUCAGUUCGAGUGACUUGCCAGUGGGAGGCCGAAUACCUCUUCAGCGUAGAUAGCAAAUACACGAACAAUUCGUUAGAGAAAACGAUUGUUCGGGCUGUACACGGGCCCUGGGACCUGAGCCUGUCUGAUGAUGUGGAAGAAAUGAAACUGAUCCUCCACAUGUGGGUGGCCUUGUUUUAUAGCAAGCCCUUCAGAUCCCCGACAGUCAGGAAGGUGGUUGAACACAGCAACCCUGCCAAAUACGUAUCGCUGAACAGUGUUGUGGAUCCUUUGGAGCUCAUUGAUGACAGCGAGGGUUUCUGCGACUCGGAUAAGCAUUCGGUGGACUUGUUCUCUGAGGAAUACCAGACGCCCGAUAAAGUCGAAGGAAGAGCCUGUUCCCCCGUGGAGAAACCACUGUCUUGUAAUGAACUAUCCUCUACAAACUGCAUAGAGAACGAGGCUCCCCUUGCCGACCCUGUGGAGACCGGCGACCUGCCUUUGAAAGAUGGGCCAGUCAGCUACUUUGACAGCGACUUGGAGAAUUUGCCUCAGGCCUUUGACAAGGUACCCGGGAAGGAAGCCGAAGAGGAGUUCUUUCUGGAACCGGUUAUCUCUCCUCUCAGCCAGAGCGGCGGCUCUUUAAAUGGCCACGGCAGAAGUUGCUCGAGACCUGACGUGGAGGCAGAAGUAGAAACAGUCAACUUGGUGGAAGUUUCCCAAAGCAACUCUGCUUCUGUGCUUCCUGAACUGCCAGAGACCCCAAAAGAUAGACAGGGGGUAACAAGUACCGGGAGUGCCAUUUCCACAGAGAAGCCGGAAAUAAACAACACCUCAUCUUCCACGAAGGAGGACGGCUGCCAAAUCAGCAGUAUCAAGUCGCUGCAUUCUUCCGGAGCGACGUGGUUAGAGGCAAAUGCAGAGUAUGGGAAAGACAAACGUCCGUAUAGAGGAAAAGGGAGUUCGCAGGAUCUCCCGGUAGAUGAAGACGAGGAGGACGUUGAUGGUGAGAACACGGAGCUGGAAUCAAUUGACCUUGCUCUUUCGGAUAGCAAUGAUGCUGAUGUGGAGCCACGAGAUGUGGAUUUGGAUCAGGAUAGCGAGGAACUUGCCCAGGAGGGUUGUGUGGCUGAAGAGACCUGCAUGUGUGAUGCGGUGUCCUCUGGUGAUAGCUUGACAACUUUAAGCCCAUCACCAACUGCAAGUUUUGUACAGCAGUCUGCUUCCGAAACAGUAACCGAAUCACCAGGGGACCAAGACAACCCUGCAGGAUUAGACUCUAAAUCUGCAUUUCUAAACCAAAUGGAUUCUGUUGAGGGUCUCUGUAUUUCGCAGGACAGUAAAAGAGACGUCCUGGCUGAUUUUCAUCCAUCGCAAACUGUUCCUUUGCAUCAGGUCAUUCUUGAUGAAGUGACUGAAGAUUCUGUUGAAUCACCCAAACUUCCUAUAUCUCCAAAUCAAACAGACCUGGUUGAACACUCCGGCAUUUCCCAGGAAGAUAAAGAAAUCUGUCCAGCAGAUUCAGUUUCUCUUCAAGCUACUGAACUGAACCAAAUAAAGAAUGAUUCGGUAACUCAAGGGGAUUUUGUAGGGAGCCAAGGAGAUUUUCUGGUGUUAGGGAAAAGUCAGACAUUCUCAAACCCAUUUGAUAUAGAUGGUGUUUCUGAGGGAGGCAAAGAAACCAGCCGGGCCAGUUCAGCUUUGCAGGAAACUAAUCCUGCCCAUCGGUCAAGGCCUGAUGAAGUAUCAGAGUUGCUAGGGAGCCAGGAAGACUCUGCAAUGUCAACUAAAUGUCCUGAAUCUCCAAAUCAAAUGAAUGUGAUUGAAGCGGAGUCCCAGGAGGAAGUCCCCCCGGCUGAGUCGGCUUGUGAACUGGGCCAAGUACAAAACAGUAUGCCGAACAGAGAAGAAUCUGUAGGAAACCAAAGUGAUUCUCUUGUAUCGGCCAAAAUUUUUGUGUCUUCUAAACUAUCAGGUCUCAUUGGGAACUCCUGUGUUUCUCAGGAGGAAAAAGGAACCCUCGAUUCGCUCGAUUCAGCUCCGUUACAGAAUCCGGCCCAACAAACCACUCCUGACGAAGCGACAACAUUGGCUAAGAACCCAGAAGACUCCAUUGCAUCAGCCCCAAGUCCUGUGUUUCCCGAACCAAUAAGUUCGGAUGAGGGUUCCUACACUGACCAGGAAGAGGAAGACAUGAAUGUGUCUGAUACAGAUCCAUUGGAAGCAAGUCACCAAGUAAUUCAAGGGGAACAGAAGACCGGGCAGAUGUCGGAAUUACGGAAUGAUGUUGUAGAAGCUGAAGAAAUCCAGUGCUUGGGGUUGAAUGGCAGUGAGCCUAGUGAUGAAAACGAAAGUAAUGUAAAUGUAUCCGCUGUGGAAGAAAAAGCUUGUGAUGAUAAGCUCAGCCAGGUCUCAGCUGUCGUGUCUGAAGAAAUCAAGUCCUUCCUUGGUGAACUGAUUGACACCGUGAGUGGUUUAAAAGCGGAGAGGGGAGGAGCCUCUUCUAAAGAGGACUCAGGUUUAAAUUGGAUCAGUUCCAUGACCCUGGAGUGCGUGACCCCUCCUGAGAGUGACGACGAGAGCCGUACAACUGACCAGCAUACCACUUCUGACCCCGAAUUGGUGGCAGAUGAACAUUUAGAGAAGCAGAGCACCUUUGUUAACCAAGAGGCAGAGUCGCAAGAGGAGAGUCGGUGCCGUUUGACGUCUUACGAAGGUCUAAGCUCGCAUCGAGUGGCCGGGGUUGAAAGAGAGCCAUUCCAAGAGGAUGAAGCUGAUUUGAUGGCUGCGGAUGUCCUUACAAGUUGCACAGAUAGGGCAGAAUCGGUCUCCCCAAGCCCAGACGGCAAAUUCCAGUUAGCUGAAACAGCGGUAUCCUCAAAGACCAGUGAUUCAGCUAUUCCCUUGUCGCAUGGAGAAGUUGGGUUAGGACCUGCUAGCCAUGAAGUAUCCAUUUCGACAAGGGAGGACAGCCCGCUCAGGGAAGGGGACGUAGAAAUAUUGGCUUGCAUUCCAGGAGGAUGUCUGUCUGAGUAUCCACCAGAAGAAUCUGAUACCCCUUUGCAUGGAGGCCCAAGUGAAGGACAAAACCGGGGGGAUCCUAAAGAUGCUGUGGAUGUACAGUUGGCCAGUGAACAGACAGAGUUGCCUACCAGAGUCUUGGGUCCUAAUAUGGAUAGGGAAGUGGAGUCCCUUUCGGCAGAUGAUGAUCAAGGUCUCUUUGGUGAUGCCUAUUGCAGAAAUCCAUCUGCGAGCACUUGUUAUACAAGAUCUAUCGAUUCUAGAGGAGUUACGGGGGCUACUUACGUCCGUGAUUUGAGUCCGGAGGAAGAGAUCGGUACAAGUGACGACUGGGUGUACUUUGGGAAAAAGACAAGGAUUUUGGAUGUUGAACCUGAGACUAAAUGCUUUGACCGGCCUUUUACGUCCCGAAGGGAUGAUAGACCUGCCCCGCCCUCACUCAAAGCUGGUGGCGAGCAGGGGCCGCUGAAGGAUUAUAUCAACUUUUCCGUCACCAAGAAACACAAGGACAAAACCAGAACUUUUCACCCUUCCAAGAGGGGUGACAGUCUCACGGAAAGGUCGGGAUUAAUAAACUCCUUGAACAGGACUUGGCGAGUCUUGGACGACCCUAUCCAAAGCACGUUAGAUAUGGAGUGUUUGCGUUUUCAUUAUAAGCUAAAGCACAUCUUAGAAAAGAAGCGACCACAACUCUCUACCUCCGGCGAGCUCUUUGCAAAAGAGUUUGCAACUCAGGCAGCCGCCGAAACAUUACCUUUGAGAAAGAUACCCGACGGUCCUCUUUUAAAUCCGCCGCCUCGGAGCAGAAGCCCCCUUCUGAUCACAAUUGUGAAUCCUAGCGCGAGGCGGAGUGCCGCCCGUUGGUACCCUAGAAUCAGCACGCCCGGCGACUCCUUUGGCCCUUCGCCUCUUCUACGGGACUCCUUUAGUAAAGCUGCUAGGUUCAAAAGUAAGGGGCAGGAGCGGCUCACCCCUUUCCACCUCAACAAGUUAACGUACAAUAAUAAGCUAAAAGACUGCCGGGGUGACAUCUCGGUCAUUAUGGAUGAAUUUGCCGAGCUGAGCAGGGUGAUGAAGCUGGACGACAGGCAGACGAGCCACAAAGGGCAAGAUCCCAAUACUACCUCAGAAGACGUUCCGGAGAAAAGAUGCCAGUCCUUGCCCGGAAGGGUGACUUCCUACGAGCACCUCUUCGAUGACUUGUGCAACACACUACAUUUCAGACUUACAAAUGUUGCCAAAGAGGCAUGCAAAAAACCCUAUUCCUUCUACCUGGUGGAAACAGGCGACGAUCCCGUCUUUGGGAGAAUAAAGAACCUGCUGAAAAAAGGGGGUCAUUCGGAGGCCGACCCUCAGCUUUUCUGCAAGGCCGGCCGCCCGGAGACGGACAGGCUAGUGGUGAUCAUUAGGAAUGAGGACAUCUUUCUGCACGUACACAAAAUUCCUUCCCUGCUGCGCCUGAAGCGCUUCCCCAGCGUGACGUUUGCCGGCGUGGACAGCCCCGAGGACCUCUUGGAUCAAACCUACCAGGAGCUCUUCCACAGCGGGGGCUUUGUGGUGUCUGAUGACCAAGUGCUCGAGACCAUGACCACGGGGAUGCUGAAGGACGUGGUGAAAACUCUGGAGCAGCUCAGCGGGCACCGGAAGUGGAGGUGGCUCCUUCACUACAAAGAGACGAAGAAACUGAGAGAAAACGCAAGGGUGGACCCCGCGGCAUGCUCCAAGGACUCGAUCCUCCGGUCCUGCCAAGGGGCCGAUUUCACCGAAGUCCUUCACUACCACCGGUGCGACUCCCGAUCCGCCCCGAGACCCGAGUAUUUGAAUUGCUUGUUGAACUUGCAGGUGCAGAACAUUGGUGCUCGACUGGCCGUCUUUCUGACAGAAAACCCCAGUGCCAGCAGAGAGGCCUUCGAGAGCAAAGGGAUCUUGGUGCUGGAUGUAAAUACUUUUGUCGCGACGGCACAGGACUUGGCGACGUCCUGCAGAAGCAAUUAUUGAUAACCAGGAUGCCUCUUUGACGACCCCGGGGCCAGAUACUGAGCAAGCAAAUUUCUUUCUUUCCUGAAAUUCUACGAAGAGAUGAAUUUGGGUUUGGGGUUUGUUUCCAGUCGUGCACCGCGAAAACCGCCCACGGAGGUGCGACAGGACAGAGUUUUUUCUCCCUCAUCUCCCCCCGCACCCCCCACAAUUCCACGAAUAGGAUCGACAGCUAUUUUAUUUAUGGGCUUUACAGAAGACGUCGUCAUUUAACCACCGCAUGGACCUUCUUACGAAGAGAAAUCCUUAUGAAUUGGUGGUCGGAAGGAUAGCGUUUUAACACACCCGGGUCGUGCAGCUCAGCAGAACUUGUCAUAGGAAAAACAAACAAACACAUACCUGUCUACUUGAAGGUUCAGCACUCACUCACUACUUAGGCCAGCCGUCACACUCUCGGUGGUACAUAAGGGGUGCGAUCCACCUGGAAGUUGUCCCGAACAAGCCCCCACUGCUCUGGGGCGGCUCCUCUUGUGCAAAAGCCCUUCCCAACGGAUUGGGCCCAGUGUACUUGAACUGCAGGCACUCUAGGGUCUGGUUUCUUCUUUUUUUUGUGUGUGCAUCAAAAUAUUUAAUGUUGUUCCUGUGCAAUCAACACUCUCUUUCUUCACUAGUUACUAACUGUCAAGGAGUAGAACCCGCCUCCUUGUACGUAGGCCUCCUCAUGUCCUAUUUAUGGUAUUGCAAUAAAGGUUCCGAAUACAUCGUAGCUCUAACGGCGAGCAAAAGUUAAAAAAAAAAAAAGACGCCUCGGCCGUCACUCUGGAGGCCGUUUUGUAAACUAAUCUUUAUAAAUAAA